AUGUGCAGGACCUUGCGCGCCUUCGCGGCCAAGCCGCGGUCCCCGCUAUCGCGCGCGGCCGUGCGCGCCUACUCGGCGAAGCCCGCCGCGAACAAGUCCUACGAGGGCGAGCCUUUGGGCCCGAAGAGCGCCGCCGCCGUCGCGCGCGAGGCCAAGGUCGGCGCGGAGAACUACGCGCCCCUGCCCGUGGUGCUGAGCAAGGGCCUGGGCUGCCGGGUCUGGGACGCCGACGGCCGCGAGUACCUCGACUUCCUCUCCGCGUACAGCGCGGUCAACCAGGGCCACUGCCACCCGAAGAUCACGGCGGCGCUGAGCGCGCAGGCGUCGACGCUCGCGCUCACGUCCCGCGCGUUCCACAACGACGUCCUCGGCGAGUGGUGCGAAUACGCGACCAAGCUCUUCGGCUACGACCGCCUGCUGCCCAUGAACACGGGCGUGGAAGGCGGCGAAACGGCCGUGAAGCUCGCGCGGCGCUGGGCCUACGACAAGAAGGGCGUAGCGCCCGGCGAUGCCGUGGUGAUCAUGGCGACGGACAACUUCUGGGGCCGGUCCAUCGCGGCGCUGAGCUCGUCGAGCGACCCGACCUGCCGCGGCGGCUUCGGGCCGUACGCGCCCGGUUUCGAGCUCGUGCCCUACGACGACCUCGGCGCUUUGUCGGCGCUCCUCGACGACAUCGGCCACCGGACGGCGGCGGUCUUCCUCGAGCCCAUCCAGGGCGAGGCCGGCGUCGUCGUGCCCGGCGACGCCUACCUGCCCGGCGUGAAGGCGCUCUGCGAAAAGCACGGGUGUUUGUUCGUGGCCGACGAGGUGCAGACGGGCAUCGGCCGCACGGGCGAGCUCCUCGCCGUGGACCGCGUCGGCGUGCGGCCCGACAUGCUCGUCCUCGGCAAGGCGCUGAGCGGCGGCGCCUACCCCGUGUCGGCCGUGCUCUGCGACGACGACGUCAUGCUCAACGUGCGCCCGGGCGAGCACGGGUCGACCUACGGCGGCAACCCCGUCGCCUGCAAGGUCGGCCUCGCGGCGCUGUCCUGCCUCAUCGACGAGGGCAUGAUCGCCAACGCCAAGGCCAUGGGCGACGCGCUCGACGCGCGGCUCAAAGCGUGCGUCGCCGACCGGCGCAUCGCGCUCGCGACGCGCGGCGCGGGGCUGCUGCGCGCGUUGAUCAUCGACGACGCGGACAAGCCGGGGGCGCUGGCCUACGACGUCUGCCUCGCGCUCCGCGACCGCGGCGUCCUCGCCAAGCCCACGCACGGCAACAUCAUCCGCCUCGCGCCGCCGCUCGUCAUCGCCCAGGCGGACAUCGACGAGGCCGCGGACGCGCUCGACGACGCCCUGAAGCUCUUCGACUAG